GCUCGGCGCUGACUCCGCCGCACGCUGCAGCCGCGGCUGGAAGAUGGCGGGGAACGACUGCGGCGCGCUGCUGGACGAAGAGCUCUCCUCCUUCUUCCUCAACUAUCUCGCCGACACGCAGUGUGGGGGUUCCGGGGAGGAGCAACUCUGCGCUGACUUUCCCGAGCUUGACCUCUCCCAGCUGGACGCCAGUGACUUUGACUCAGCCACCUGCUUCGGGGAGCUGCAGUGGUGCCCAGAGAACUCCGACACUGAACCCAGCCAUUAUAGCCCCGAUGACUCCGAGCUCUUCCAGAUCAUCGACAGUGAGAAUGAGGCCCUCCUGGCAGCACUCACCAAGACCCUGGACGACAUCCCUGAAGACGACGUGGGUCUGGCUGCCUUCCCGGCCCUGGACGGUGGAGACGCACUAUCCUGCACUUCGGCUUCGCCUGCCACCUCAUCUGCACCCCCCAGCCCCAGCCCCUCGCUGGAAAGGCCCCAGGCCCCGACGCCUGAGGUGGACGAGCUCUCCCUGCUGCAGAAACUCCUCCUCGGCACGACCUACCCGACCUCAAGCUCCGAUACCCAGAAGGAAGGGACCGCCUGGCGCCAGGCAGGCCUCAGGUCUAGGAAUCCGCGGCCCUGUGUCAAGAUGGACGGCACCCAAGACAAGAAGGCCCCCAUGAUGCAGUCUCAGAGCCGGAGUUGUACCGAACUGCAUAAGCACCUCACUUCGGUGCCGUCCUGCCCCCAGACUAAAGCCCGCUCCCCAGACAGGAGCUUGCAGCCACCACCCACCCUGAGUCCCCAGCUCCCAGCCAAGGAGGAGGAGGAAGCUGGUGAGGACUGCCCGAGCCCCCAGCCGGCUCCAGCCUCACCCCAGGACUCCCCAGCACCGGGCAGGGCAGGCCCCGGCGCCCAGGGGUCCCGGGAGGACAUGCAGGCGAUGGUGCAGCUCAUUCGCUACAUGCACACCUACUGCCUUCCCCAGAGGAAGCUGCCCCCACAGGCCCCGGAGCCAGCCCCCCAGCCCUGCGGCAGCCCCUCCAAGCAGGUCAAACCCCGGUCCCGGUCCCAACACCCUUCCAAAGGCUCCUGGGCUGAGUUCUCCAUCCUGAGGGAACUUCUGGCUCAAGAUGUCCUCUGUGAUGUCAGCAAACCUUACCGCCUGGCCACACCUGUCUACGCCUCCCUCACACCCCGGCCCAGGCCCAGAGACAGCCAGGCCUCCCCUGGCCACCCGUCCCCUGUGGAGGAGGUGAGGAUCACAGCUUCGCCCAGGAGCACCGGGCCCAGACCCAGCCUGCGCCCACUGCGGCUUGAGGUGAAAGGACACGCCGGCCGGUCAGCCAGGCUGCAGCGGGAGGAGGAAGAGGAGGAGGAGGAAGAGGAGGAGGAGGAAGAGGAGGAGGAGGAGGAGGAGGAGUGGGGCCGGAAAAGACCGGGCCGAGGCCUGCCGUGGACUAAGCUGGGGAGGAAGCUGGAGAACACAGUGUGCCCCGUGCGGCGUUCCAGGAGACUGAACCCGGAGCUGGGUCCCUGGCUGGCAUUCUCCGAUGAGUCUCUGGUCCCUGCGGAGCCCCAAGGAGCUCUGCCCUCGCUGCGCCUCACUCCUGAGGCCUACGACAUGGCGGGGGCCCUGGGCAGCCCCACGGAUGAGGACAGUGGCCAAGACCAGCAGCUCCCACGGGGACCCCAGAUCCCGGCUCUGGAGAGCCCCUGUGAGAGUGGGUGUGGGGACACGGAUGAGGACCCCAGCUGCCCACGGCUCCCUUCCAGAGACUCUCCCAGGUGCCUCAUGCUGGCCUUGUCACAAAGUGACCCUCCUUUCGGCAGGAAGAGCUUUGAGCAGACCUUGACGGUGGAGCUCUGUGGCACCGCAGGACUCACCCCACCCACCACACCUCCCUACAAGCCCACAGAGGAGGACCCCUUCAAGCCAGACAUCAAACACAGCCUAGGCGAAGACAGAGCUCCCAGCCUCCCCAGCUUGGAGGGCCUCCAGCUCGGGGCUGCCCCCGUGGCUGCCCACAAGCUGCCAAAGAAGCACCCAGAACGGAGCGAGCUCCUGUCCCACCUGCGGCAUGCUACAGCCCAGCCAGCCUCCCAGACUGGUCAGAAGCGCCCCUUCUCCUGUUCCUUCGGAGACCAUGAUUAUUGCCAGGUGCUCAAGCCAGAAGGCGCCCUGCAGAGGAAGGUGCUGAGGUCCUGGCAGCCGUCUGGGGUCCACCUUGAGGACUGGCCCCAACAGGGGGCCCCACAGGCUGCGGGGCCGGCCUCCGACAGGGAGGAAGACAGAAGCUGUGACGGCGGUGCCCCUGCCAAGGACAGCGUGCUCCUGAGAGACCACGAGAUCCGCGCCAGCCUCACCAAGCACUUUGGGCUCCUGGAGACCGCCCUGGAGGACGAAGACCUGGCCUCCUGUAAGAGUGCUGAGUAUGACACGGUCUUUGAGGACAGCAACAGCAGUAGUGGUGAGAGCAGCUUCCUCCUGGAGGAGGAGGAGGAGGACGCAGAGGACGACUCGGGGCUCAGCCCCCCUCGCUCUGACCACUGCCCCUACCAGAGCCCCCCAAGCAAGGCCAGUCGGCAGCCUUGCUCCCGCAGCCGCUCCAGCUCCGGCUCCGCCUGCCGCUCCCGCUCACCAGCCACCCGGAGGACCUUCAGAUGUGAGAGCAGAGGGCCGUGUUCAGACGGAACGCCAAGCGUCCGGCACGCCAGGAAGCGGCGGGAAAAGGCCAUUGGUGAAGGCCGUGUGGUGUAUGUUCGAAAUCUCUCCAGUGACAUGAGCUCCCGAGAGCUGAAGCGGCGCUUUGAAGUGUUUGGUGAGAUUGUGGAGUGCCAGGUGCUGACGAGAAGCAGGAGAGGCGAGAAGUAUGGCUUCAUCACCUACCAGUGUUCGGAGCACGCUGCCCUGUCUCUGAGGAAUGGCGCUGCCCUGCGGAAACGCAACGAGCCCUCCUUCCAGCUGAGCUAUGGAGGGCUCCAGCACUUCUGCUGGCCCAGACACACUGACUAUGAUUCCAAUUCAGAAGAGGCCCUUCCUGCGGCAGUGAAAAACAAAUACGAAGCCAUGGAUUUUGACAGCUUACUGAAGGAGGCCCAGCAGAGCCUGCAUUGAUAACAGCCUUAACCUUCGAGGAAUACCUCAAUACCUCAGACAAGGCCCUUCCAAUAUGUUUACGUUUUCAAAGAAAUUAAGUAUACGAGAAGGCGAGAGCGCGAGCGCGUGAGAGAACACACGUGAGAGAGAGAGAGAGAGAGAGA